AUGGUUCGUUCAUUUACAUAUAGAAAUAAUUCAGAUUCUCCUUGGGUUGUUCAAAAGUUUGGAGGAACAAGUGUCGGCAAAUUUUUAGAUAAUAUUGCAAAUGAUGUUAUAAAAGAAUAUGUAAAGCAACAUAGAGUAGUCGUUGUAUGUUCUGCAAGAAGUGGAGAAAGCAAAGCAACGGGUACAACCAAUCGAUUGAUUCGAGCAGCCAAUGAUGCUAUAAAACCAGGAUCUAAAGAGUAUCUAAAUAUUGUCCAAGAUAUAUUAGACGAUCAUCUCGCAGUAGCAGCUGAAAUGAUCCGUGAUGACGCCAUUCGUACUCACUUGGAACAAGACAUCAGAAAUGAUUGUGAAAAGUUAAAAUCGUUUUUGGAAGCUGCUGAAAUCAUUGAUGAAAUAUCUCCUCGAUCUAAAGAUGUCAUCAUUGGUGUGGGUGAAAAGUUAUCUUGUAGAAUUGUUGCUGCUGUAUUACAGGAUAGGGACGUUGAUGCUCAGUUUGUUUCCCUGGAAAAUAUUAUUGAUAGAGACUUUGAAAGAUUAGACCAAUCAUUUUACGAUUAUCUAGCGCAGAGAAUGGCAGAUGCAGUAAAGCAGUGCGAAAAUAGGGUUCCUGUAGUAACAGGUUUCUUUGGUAUUGUCCCUGGAAGUCUGUUAACUACCGUAGGACGUGGUUACACUGAUCUAUGUGCUGCCUUGACAGCAGUUGGUCUUGGGGCUGAAGAACUUCAAAUUUGGAAAGAAGUCGACGGCAUCUUUACAGCCGAUCCUCGCAAGGUCAAGUCUGCCAGAUUACUGCCAAUCAUUACUCCGGAAGAAGCUUCCGAAUUAACCUAUUACGGAUCAGAAGUUAUUCAUCCCUUUACUAUGGAACAAGUCAUCCGGGCACGCAUUCCCAUUCGUAUCAAGAAUGUCGAAAACCCCAGAGGUGAAGGUACCAUCAUUUUCCCCACAGACAAUGCCAAUAGCAGAGACGGUACACAUACGCCACAAUCACCACAAGUGUUGGCGGAGAACGGAUACUCUAUUGACUUGUCUCGCAAAUACCCCACAGCUGUUACUAUCAAGGACCAUGUUAUCGUACUCAAUAUUCAUUCAAAUCGCAAGAGCGUCAGUCAUGGCUUUUUUGCGAAAAUCUUCUCCACUCUUGACCGAUACGGUGUCAUUGUAGAUCUUAUCUCUACGUCCGAGGUCCAUGUGUCCAUGGCGCUUGGAGAAGAAAACUUGGAUAAAGACUUGGAUCGUGUUAUCAAGGAUCUAAGAGAAUUUGGUAGAGUGGACGUCAUCAAGGAUUUGGCUAUUCUUUCUCUUGUUGGAAAACAAAUGAAGAAUUUAGUAGGUAUUGCUGGUAUGAUGUUCAGUACCUUGGCCUCUGCUGGUGUGAAUAUAGAAAUGAUCUCUCAAGGCUCAUCGGAAAUUAAUAUAUCUUGUGUUAUUGAUGAACGAAGUGCAGUCACCGCUAUGAACGUCAUUCAUGAUCAGUUGUUGAGCAAACACAGUAAGCUGGUCUUAUCUUCCUUAGAAUUAAAAUAA